AUGGAUAACAACAUGGAAAUCGAUGCCGCAAGGUCGCCUGAACCACACCACCUCUCGCCGACGAGCGACCCCGGCUCCAUACCUACUUUGGAUGGCUGGAUCGAGAGUUUGAUGACGUGCAAGCAAUUAGCGGAGGAGGAUGUGCGACGGCUGUGCGAUCGGGCAAGAGAGGUAUUGCAGGAGGAGUCGAACGUGCAGCCUGUGAAAUGCCCGGUGACGGUGUGCGGUGAUAUACACGGUCAAUUUCACGAUCUAAUGGAGCUUUUCCGCAUCGGCGGUCCCAACCCCGAUACAAACUAUCUCUUCAUGGGUGAUUAUGUCGACCGAGGCUACUAUUCUGUUGAGACCGUGACCCUCCUGGUCUGCCUGAAGAUCCGUUACCCCCAACGUAUUACCAUCCUUCGUGGCAACCACGAAUCCCGCCAGAUCACCCAGGUGUAUGGCUUCUACGACGAGUGCCUUCGCAAAUACGGCAACGCCAACGUGUGGAAAUACUUCACCGACCUCUUUGACUACCUUCCCCUCACUGCUCUCAUUGAAAACCAGAUCUUCUGUCUGCAUGGUGGGCUGAGCCCGUCCAUCGACACCUUAGACAACAUUCGAUCUCUGGACCGCAUUCAAGAAGUCCCGCACGAGGGCCCCAUGUGUGAUCUGCUCUGGAGUGAUCCGGACGAUCGCUGUGGUUGGGGAAUCUCUCCUCGUGGUGCGGGAUACACAUUCGGACAGGACAUUUCGGAGGCGUUCAACCACAACAACGGCUUGACUCUGGUUGCACGGGCGCACCAACUGGUGAUGGAGGGAUAUAACUGGUCGCAGGAUCGGAACGUGGUGACCAUCUUUUCCGCGCCCAAUUACUGUUACCGCUGCGGCAACCAGGCCGCGAUUAUGGAGAUCGACGAGCAUUUGAAGUACACAUUUUUACAAUUUGAUCCUUGCCCCCGAGCAGGAGAGCCCAUGGUAUCGAGACGCACACCCGACUAUUUCCUGUGA